AUGUCGUUCAACGACAGGAGGGAGUAUGACGAGAAAGCCUUGCCUCCCAAGGUCAACGGAAUCGAUGAUGAAGAGGACGACGAGGACAUUGAUGCUCUGAUUGAGGAGCUCGAGUCGCAAGAUGCUGGUGUCGACUACGAUGAGGAGGAGGAGGUCCAAGCGGGUUCCGCUCGUGUCGUUCCCGAGGAGCUGUUGCAGACCGAUGUGCGAAUCGGUCUGACUGCCAGCGAAGUCACCUCGCGCCGCAAGAAGUUCGGUCUCAAUCAGAUGAAGGAGGAGAAGGAGAACCUGAUUCUCAAAUUCCUCAUGUUCUUCGUCGGCCCCAUUCAGUUCGUCAUGGAGGCGGCUGCCGUCUUGGCUGCCGGUCUUCAGGAUUGGGUCGAUUUUGGUGUCAUCUGCGCCCUGCUUCUGCUCAAUGCCUGCGUUGGUUUCAUCCAAGAGUACCAGGCCGGUUCCAUUGUCGCAGAACUGAAGAAGACGCUCGCUCUCAAAGCCACUGUCCUCCGUGAUGGUCUACUUGUCGAAGUCGAGGCUCCGGAAAUCGUUCCUGGUGAUAUCCUUCAAGUUGAGGAAGGUACCAUUAUCCCCGCCGACGGUCGCAUCAUCACCGACGAUGCCUUCCUCCAAGUCGACCAGUCCGCCAUCACCGGAGAGUCCCUCGCUGUCGAUAAGCACAAGGGCGAUGUCUGUUAUCAAUCAUCCGCCGUCAAGCGUGGUGAGGCUUUCAUUGUCGUCACCGCCACGGGUGACUCAACCUUCGUUGGCCGCGCUGCUUCUCUCGUUGCGAGCGCUUCUAGCGGCACCGGUCACUUCACCGAGGUUCUCAACGGCAUCGGGACGGUUCUUCUGGUUUUGGUCAUCCUCACCCUCUUGGUUGUCUGGAUCAGUUCUUUCUACCGCUCCAACGGAAUCGUCCACAUCCUCGAGUUCACCCUGGCUAUCACCAUCAUUGGUGUUCCUGUCGGUCUUCCCGCUGUCGUCACCACUACCAUGGCUGUCGGAGCCGCCUACCUCGCCAAGAAGCAGGCUAUUGUUCAGAAGCUCAGCGCCAUUGAGUCUCUUGCUGGUGUGGAGAUCCUCUGCUCUGACAAGACUGGUACCCUGACUAAGAACAAGCUGUCUCUUGCCGAGCCCUAUACGGUCUCCGGUGUCGAUCCCGAAGAUCUCAUGCUUACUGCCUGCUUGGCCGCAUCCCGCAAAAAGAAGGGUAUCGAUGCCAUCGACAAGGCCUUCCUCAAGUCCCUGAGAUUCUACCCGAGGGCUAAAAAUGUGCUUAGCAAGUACAAGGUUGUCGACUUCCACCCGUUCGACCCCGUGUCCAAGAAGGUCCAAGCCGUCGUUGAGUCACCCCAGGGUGAGCGCAUCAUCUGUGUCAAGGGCGCUCCCCUUUUCGUGCUCAAGACCGUCGAAGAGGACCACCCCAUUCCCGAGGCUAUCGACGAAGCAUACAAGAACAAGGUCGCCGAAUUCGCCACGCGUGGUUUCCGCUCUCUAGGUGUUGCUCGCAAGCGCGGCAACAACGGCUGGGAAAUCCUUGGUAUCAUGCCCUGCUCCGAUCCUCCGCGUCACGACACUGGCCGCACUGUCAACGAGGCUAGGACUCUUGGUCUUUCCAUCAAGAUGUUGACUGGUGAUGCUGUUGGCAUUGCUAGGGAAACUUCUCGCCAGCUCGGUCUCGGAACGAACAUCUACAACGCUGAGCGCCUCGGUCUUGGUGGCGGCGGUGAAAUGCCCGGCUCUGAAGUCUACGAUUUUGUGGAGGCGGCUGACGGUUUCGCUGAGGUGUUCCCUCAACACAAGUACAAUGUCGUUGAGAUCCUCCAGCAGCGUGGCUACCUUGUCGCCAUGACAGGUGACGGUGUGAACGAUGCCCCCUCGCUAAAGAAGGCUGAUACCGGUAUUGCUGUUGAGGGCGCCUCCGAUGCUGCUCGCUCAGCUGCCGACAUUGUGUUCCUUGCCCCCGGCCUCUCUGCUAUUAUCGAUGCGCUCAAGACUUCGCGCCAGAUCUUCCACCGCAUGUACGCGUACGUCGUCUACCGUAUCGCCUUGUCGCUGCAUCUGGAAAUCUUCCUUGGCCUAUGGAUCGCCAUCUUGAACACGUCGCUCAACUUGGAGCUUGUCGUCUUCAUCGCCAUCUUCGCCGACAUCGCCACCCUCGCCAUCGCCUACGACAAUGCCCCCUUCAGCAAGACGCCUGUAAAAUGGAACCUGCCCAAGCUCUGGGGUAUGUCUGUCCUGCUCGGUGUCGUUCUCGCAGUCGGUACCUGGAUCACCCUCACCACCAUGUUCGCUCAUCAGAACGAUACCCUCGCGAACGGCCAAGGUGUUGCUGGCGGUAUCGUCCAAAACUUCGGUGUUCGCGACGAAGUUCUCUUCCUCGAGAUCUCCCUCACCGAGAACUGGCUCAUCUUCAUCACCCGCGCCAACGGCCCCUUCUGGUCUUCCAUCCCCUCGUGGCAGCUGUCCGGCGCCAUCUUAGUCGUCGACAUCCUCGCCACCUUGUUCUGCAUCUUCGGCUGGUUCGUCGGCGGCAAAACCAGCAUCGUCGCCGUCGUGCGCAUCUGGAUCUUCUCUUUCGGCGUCUUCUGCGUCAUGGGCGGCAUCUACUACCUCCUUCAAGGUAGCCAGGGCUUCGACAACCUCAUGCACGGCAAGUCGCCCAAGAAAGACCAGAAGCAGCGCUCGUUGGAGGACUUCGUCGUCUCCCUUCAGCGCGUGUCGACACAACACGAGAAGAGCGCGUAG